CGGAGCUAAGGCCUCGCCGUCCCACUACCUCUCUCGCGCAAUGUGGCGCAACCGCCUCCCACGCUUGGCCAUCGGCGCGGCCGGCGUGACGGUUGCCUCUCUCAGUCGCUCGCUCGCGAGCUCCGACGCCGCCUCGCCGCCAGACGCGACACCGCCAGAAGCGGUGGCGGCGGAGAAGCCUCCGGAGGCCAAGGAGAAGCCUCCCUGCCUGCACACGCACUUGGUCGCCGACUCGUCGUCCGAGGUGAUGCGGCGCUACCCGCCCGCACACGAGCGGCAGCUCGCUGAGCGCGUCCUCCUCCGCCCGUGCGUCGACGUUGAGCGGGAGUCGACGACGAUGCGGGUGCUGGCCUACGCUCGCGACGGAAGCUCCGAGUCGCUGCUGCUCGCGUUGGGCGAGCGCCUGUGGCCCGAGGGAGCAGCGCUGCACCCGGGUGGCGUCGGCUACCCCGUCCUUCCAAUCUCGCUCGCUAAGCUCCCCGAGCCUCCCGAGCCGCCGGAGCCGCCCGAGCCGCCUGCCGAGUCUUCGGAGGCUAGGCCGGCGGUGGGCGCUGCGGAAGGAGAAAAGGGCGCGGCCGGGGGGGGGGAGGAGGAGGAGGAGGAGGAGGAGGCCGUCAUCUUGGUCACCCCCGCGUGGGAGCAAGCCGAGUCCCUCUGGAGGCAGCUCGAGGCGGUCGGCAUCCUCGAGCUCGAGCGAGACGCAGAGGCGCUUCCCGUGGCGGCGAGGCUCAUGCACGGCGGAGGCGGAGCCGGCGGCCGCUGGACAGGGGAGCUGCCUCCUGCCGCGGCCGGCGCUGUGGCAGGGCGAGUCGAGGUUGAGGUCUUUGGCGAGGGAGGAGGGCCGGCGUGGGAGGUGCGCGCCACGACUGCGGCGCCGGAGUGCGGGUUUUGCCGUUUCAUGAAGGGUGGGCCGUGCAAGGCUCCCUUCGAGGCGUGGGAGGCCUGCAUCGAGGCUGCGCGCGGCAACGGGGAGGACUUUGUGGAGCUGUGCGGCGCCGCGACGCUCGAGCUCAAGCGCUGCACCGACGAGCACCCAGAGUACUAUGGCGCUCUCGGCGGCGAGGGCGAGGCGGCCGGUGGCGGCGGCGAGGGCGGCGGCGAGGGCGGCGACGAGGGCGGCGACGAGGGCGGCGGCGGUGCGAAAGAGGCUGCCUCGGAGCAGGCGGCAGCCCCGGAGCCCGCGGUGGCGCCGCCGGUGCGGAGGAAGAGUCGGUACGGAGGCGCCUUCGAGUCGGAGGAGCUUGCCGCGCCGACGAGCGAGCCGCGGUACGGGGGCGCCUUCCGCAAGUAGCACAAGCCGGAAGCCCUUGAUCGGCGGGCGCCAACAUGCGGCCGCGUCGGUGGCUGGAGGGCUGCAGGGGUGCUGCGCCGGCGCCGCUUUAUCGGUCUCAAGAGUGGCGAGGCGUUCUCGCCACUGAAGUUCGUUGUCAGAGUUGCGUCGCCGUCGGCCGCCACGCCAGGCAGCCCGAAAGCCGAAUGCGGCAGCGCCGGGUAGGCCGGGGAGACAUACGUGUAUGUUCGCAUGUCGCCCGGGGCUCGCACCCCCCGGCCCAUGCCCCGGCGCGGCCACACGGCC